AUGAACAGGAACGCCAACGGGAACGGACUCCCGUUCCACGCCUCUGGCCAAAGGCAACAAGGAUUCGGAGCAAUUGCUGCCAAAACACGUCGUAUCAGCACCAAGAACCUGGCCCUCCUAGCCGGUGUCUGCAUCGUUUCUCUCCUCACGCUGGCCCGCCUCUUUGGUCCCAGUCCCGACGUACCUUCGCCCAUCGUCAAUCAAUCAGAACAUGAAGCCAAGAACGACUUGGAGCGGGAACUGUUGGUCAAGCAGAUCCUCGAGACCCGCAAGUCCGCCUACAGCUUUGACGACUUUACGGAGGAAGGACUGGUUAUGGAGACGAACCAACACCUCUUGCCAGCGACUGCGAUCUUGUUGGGUUGGAAGCGUCUGGAUGGGCUCAAGUUGAUUGUCAAUUACCUGGCACGGUACCCUUACAUCAAGGAGAUCAUCAUCUGGAACAACAACCAGGCAACCAAGUUGAACAAGAAGGACUUUGAGUUUGAUGACAGCUACGGACCUGUACCCGAGUUGCAGGUCUACAACAGUCACGAGAACUUGCACGACUUUGCAAAGUACAUGUCGUGCUCCCUCGCCAAGUACCAACACUGCUACUUCCAGGAUGAUGACUGGCUCAACACCCAUAUGGACGCCCUCUACACCAACUUUUUGACGAGCCCCAGUCUCAUUCACACCAACACUCUGCCCUUGAUCCAUAUGGAGCAUCGCCGCUGGACCUUUACCAACGCCGAGUACAAGUUGCAUACAGGAUUUGCAUGGAUGGGUACAGGAUCGUACUUACCAAGGGAGAAGGCACAGAGGCUACUGGAGCAAGGAGGAAACAGCAACCUGGCCAAGGAUCGUCUGAAGGUCAUCGACAUGUACUUUUCGCUCUGGACCAACCAAUACCCUUACCAGUUGGUCAACUAUCUAAUGCCAUUGGACCAGAAGAACGGAUGGAGUACGGAUGGCGCAGUUGAUCAUUGGACUGUCGUCUAUAGGAACAUGAUGGAUGCGGCAACCCGACUGUACUCUGCCCUGGUUGCCAACCCCGAAGUCUCGGAGAAGGAUUAUUUCCCUCGCGAGGAAGAACUGCCCCUCAUGGCCGAUCGUCACGCAAGAUCGCCAUGCUUCAACGACAAGUGUCUGUUUAAGACCAGUCUGGACCCUUUCCCUCUGCCACAGGAUGUUGUCUUCAACAAUGACUUGGAGUCGAUCGAGGACCAAAAUGCAAAGUUCAGGGCAUUGGAGUAUCCUUCAAACGAGUUUUUUGCCUCAUACUCUUAUAUCCAUGCAGUCGACAACGAUCCACAGACAUGCUGGAACAGCUUCAAAGUUCCGCAAGUCGGAGAUUCGUUUGGACUCCAGUUUAUUGCUGCACGACAGGUGAAGAAGAUGAGUGUGACCUCAUCCAAGUCUCUUGCGAGUCUCGAAGGCAAGUUCUCGGUCAUGGCGUCGGACAUAAAGGGCGAAGAAUGGAUCAAGUGUCGCCACACCGCGCGGUUCCCUCACGCAUAUACCAUGACCCUUGACAUCUCCUGCCCUACAUCAGGAACCAUUAUCCCUGGAGGAGUGGUUUCGAAUGUCAAGAUUGUGUUUGAGCAGGCGCUUGACAAGGCGCUGGAGGUCUGUGGUAUGGAGGUUGGAGGUAUGGUCCUCUAG